AUGUCGGAUAUUAACGUGGGCCUUCUCAAGCACAGCGACGACGAUGCCGUCACUGGUCAAAUGUGGCCAUCGGCUGGUCCGAUGCUACAAAGCCCAACAUAUCCACCCGGGCCGGCACCAACCGCUAUGAUGCAACAAAUGCCCGGAUACGGUAUGCAACCGUCGCCGUAUCCAAUGGACCCGGCAGGUGCGCGACCGCAGUAUCCGCCUAUGCAGGAUCAGAACGCGGGCGGCUAUGACCAGAACGCGAUGAAUUACAAUCAGCAACAACGAAUGAUGAUGCUGCACCAGCAACAGCAAAUGCAGCAGGCUCAAGCUCAAGCACGAGCUCGACGCGUUCCAAGCGUGGCAAUGCAGCAGCAGCAACCUGGACAGCCAUUCGAUCCGAUGUACCAGGGCGUUCCGAUGGGGGUGAACAACGUUCCCGGCCAAACACAACCGUUGAUGCGUUAUCCGCAAAGCGCGAUGGCGUCGCCUUCCUAUCCGAUGCCUGCCAACGCUCGACCUCCUGGUAUGAUGCCGUCGCCGGGAUAUCCCCAAAUGUAUCGCGCUGGUGCUCCAAUCCUUUACGGACAAGUACAACAACCCGCUCAACAUCAGCAGGUGGUCUCGUACCCGAACCCGAAUGCACCGCCUGAUGGACGGUACAACGUCCCGUAUGCGCCCGACGGAAUGCCCCCUGUGAUACUGCCGAAGGAG